GUUUGGACUUCAGACCCUGGAUGUGUGGAGGUCAUGGCUGCUGAAGGUUCCUGUGUUCUAAUCCGUGUCCUCAUCCUGUGGUUUAUGCGUUUAUUGCACACUCUGGUUCCUGUUCCUGUUCCUGUCGUCACCUGAAUCGUUGUAAAACCUGUGAACCUGCAGCUUCGGACUCAAAGCGUCGACUGAACAUGGAGGGUCUGAAAGUGUCGCUGGCGGCCGCGGUCCAUCGGGUCCUGCAGCGAGCCGGGUUCUACCUGACAGCCUUCGGGAUCUUCUACUACCACGUGUACUUGGACGGGGACCUGGAAUGCACCUGCGUCAGCCACCGCCGGGACUGCAAGGUCUACCUGCUGGUCCCGUUCUUAGUGAUCCUGGUGGUUCUGCUGUGGUUGGACCGGACCCUCCACCGCCUCUGGACAUCCGUGGUGUGUUCGGGCUGCAGACCGAGGCUGGGUUGGGCGCUGCUGCGUCGGGUCCUGGAGGCGGUUUUCGUGGCUCACUUGUGGAUCGUGUCGGUGCUGGUCGAUGGGGACUGGUACUACUGCUGCUCCGAGUCCGGUACCUGCAGCCUCCUCCAGUACCCGUUCCGACCGUCCAGAGACGAACUACGCAACCAGUCUAGGUUCAUAGGUUCGCUCCUCCUCCUCACCACGACCAUCGUCGCCGCCGUUCUGUCGUCGCUGCCGUGGAGGAAGUUUUGGCCAACGUGCGGCCUCGGAUUUGAGGAAAUGGUCCUGGACGAGGCCGACGACGUGGUUCCUCAGACUCUGAGAAAAGCUGCCAGAGACCAUCUGUCCUGGAAACUCGACGCCUACGUCUCCAACAAUGACUGGGACAAAUGUCUGGACGUGGACUCGGAGCUGGUGCUGAAGCCGUGGUCUCCUCCUCCAGAAACACCGCUGUCCAACAUCCCGCUGUCCCCACAGAACCAACACUGAACACAAGCUUCGAACGGUUCACGUGGUUUUCCAUGGACUGGACUUUUCUGUCGCUGUCAACAUCGUCAACUCUGAUCAACGACUGAUGGAAGAGAACGCAGACCAGCUUUGGUUUUUAAUCCAGUUGAUUCUUUAAAGUUGUGGAAAUAUCUGCAGGUUGACGUUGAACUCUGGGUCCAUGGGAUUCCCCACACGUUUUCCUUCAACUUGAUUUGGUUUCAGUUGAUUUCUGUACAAACCCCUUUGUUUCUGAUUAGGGAUGUAACGAUUACCGGUAUAACGAUAAACGGCGGUAAAAUUGCAGACGGUUAGUAUUACCAUUUAAAUUAUAAUUCUCAUGAUAACCAUGUUUGAUUACCGCACUU